UCAUCAUAUAUGGGUAAAUGCUUCAUGUUGUUUCCUAAUUUACCCGCUUGAUGGUCAUAUCCUUUUGCUUUCUAAGUACAGGAGAUUAGUGGACAUGAGAUUGAAGGUCCAAGAGAUAGUUCGAUCCAAGACUUUUAAAAUGCUCUCCACAAAUCGGCGAGAACAAAUUAAGAGUCAUUUGCAGUAUGUAUGGCAAGAAACUGGAGUUGUUGAUGGACAACAUUUUCUUGAUAUUCUUCCUUCAGGCCUCCAAGAAGAUGUAUUGAGAGAACUUUGCUUAGAAAUGCUUAAGAAAGUGUAUGUGUUUAAAAGAUUCGAUGAACAAAUUUUAAAAGAAAUUUGUGACCAUCUUAAGCCAGUGUUGUAUGCAAAAGGACAUUGUAUUGUUAGAAAAGACGAGAGAAUCAAGGCAAUGUUCUUCAUCAUAGGCGGCACAGUACUAUUUACUGUGACUGCGAGGGAUAGUUACUUUGGGGCUGAGGAAUACCGUGAUGGUGAAUUCUGGGGUGAAGAAAUUGCAAUAUCUUGUUUGCAUCCUCAAUGGAAUUGGGAACCCAUGUCGAAUGGAAAAGUUAGGGCAGCUACUGAAGUUCAAGCUUUUGCCCUAGAGUUGGAUGACCUGAACAAGGCUUUAGAAAAAAUUAAGAAGUUGCCCAACCUUUACUCGCUGCAGUGGAAAACUAAAAAUGCUCGUAUUAUACAAAUAUCUUGGCACCGUUAUAAGAAGAAGAAAAAGGAGCUUCAAAUUACCCUUAAUGUGGAAGAAAAUUCUUUACAAUUCUCAAAGUCAAAACCCAAACUGCUCUUGGAGCAAUUGGUCUAGACAAGAUAGGAGAGUCCAUACAAUCUAUGAUGCUUCAUGCGCACAGAAAUAUAUACACAUAAAAAUCAAUUUUUCAAAAUUUGGAUCGGAUCAAACCAAUUGGAUCGAUUAAUAACCAAUCUCAUGUCAAUCCAACAAAUAGUUAAAGAAAAAUAGUGUUGC